AUGAACAAAGCUUUGGCAGCAACUGCAGUAGUAGCCACAGCAUUUGCUGGGUACGCCAUAUACUUUGACUACCAACGUAGGAAUUCCAGGGAGUUUAGAAAAUCAUUAAAGAAGAAGGCCGUCAAGCAGCAAAAGCACAAGGAGAAGGUCGAAAAAGAAACCAAGGAACUUAGAUUAGAGACUGUGAAAAAGGCGCUCUUGGAAGAUUUGAGAGCUAAUCCAAUCCCAACUGAUUUGAACGAAAGAGAGGCAUUCUUUAUGGAACAAGUGGCAACCGGUGAACAGAAAGCCAAGGAUAACUCUAUAGAUGCAGCCAUCUGUUUCUACAAGGCGUUGGCUGUGUACCCUAAUCCAACUGAUAUUUUGGGAGUUUACCAGAAAACCGUGCCAGAAGAUGUUUACGAAUUGGUUGUUAUGAUGAUUGCCGUAUACCCACCAGCCUCGGUAUCUAGUAUCUUGAGUAAAGGUGGUGCUGCACCGGGUGAAACUAAACCUUCUGAAGCUGAUUUGGACUAA